AUGUCAGAUCGCAAAGACCUCACGCACACCACCUCCGGUCAGAGCGCCGAAUACCUCACCCGCGCCUACAAUUUGAAAGAUGCCAACGGCGCUAAAGACCUUUACGAAGAAUGGGCAUCUUCCUACGACACAGACCUGCAGUCAUCCUCUUACACAUCCCCACAACUCGCCGUCACAGCCGUACUCAAAAACAUCACUCCCAGUCCCAGCCACCUCAAAAUCCUCGACGCAGGCUGCGGCACAGGACUCGUCGGCCUGCACUUCUCCCACUCACCUCUGACCUUCACAAUCGACGGCCUAGACCUGACGCCUGCAAUGCUCAAAGUCGCGCGACAAAAAGGUAUCUACCAAGACCUCGACGUGGCGGAUCUAACCAAACCGAUCGAGAGGGUUGACGGGAGUUAUGACGUCUGCACUUGUGUGGGGACGUUAACGAAGGGACACGUGGGACCGCAGGUGUUCAAUGAGUUUGUGAGAGUUGUUGCGCAUGGGGGAAUCAUUGUAGCGACGGUGCAUGAUGAUGUGUGGGAGAGUGGGGGGUAUAGGAGUGUUGUGGAGGGGUUGGAGAGGCGGGAUCUUGUGGAGGUUGUGGGGACGGAGGAGUUUGGGAUGGUGGAGGGGAGUGGGAAGGGGGGGAGGAUGGUGGUUCUGAGGAAGCGGUAG